UAACUUCCGGUGUAGCGGUUAGCCUCCUGCUAGCAGCUGUGCUGUGUCCGGGUUCUGCUGCGGUUCUGUUGCGGUUCUGCGCAGCAACAAUGUGUUCCGUUGAGCCUCUGAGGGAGUUUAUCAGAGAGAGACUAACUGCUGCUGCUGAAGAAAUCUUCACCCAGCUGGAAAAAACCAUCGUCCGGUACGAGGAGGAGAUCGACCGGCAGCGGAGGCUGCUGGACCUCAGCUGGACCCGAACCGAGCAGAACCCCGCAGAACUCCAGCAUCAUUUCUCCAGCGAGGAGCUUCCUGCCGAUCGGGACAGCAGUACUAGUCCGGACCGGGACGCACCAGAACCGGCGCCUGACGACAUCUGCUCCAGGCAGGACGGAGCGCUGGUGCUGAAGCAGGAGACCGAGGCCAUCAUGGUGACUGUGGACUACGAUGACGAACCUGAACCAAGCAGCUACCAGCUUCUCUACCAGAACCGCCCAGAGACCCAGAAACGGAACCAGGAGGCGCUGAAGCCAAAGAAAAUCAGAGCUCCCAGCGACAGACCGGACCUUCUGCCGCAGAACACAGAUGGGAAUCUGUAUCCCUGUCCCAUUUGUGGGAAAUGUUUUGCUAAGAACAGUUACUUGACCAAACACAAGAGGAUCCACACCAGUGAGAAACCGUUUGUCUGCGAUCAGUGCGGGAAGGCCUUCAGCAACACCAGCUACCUGGCCAAUCACAAGAAGACUCACAGUGGCAUGAAACCGUUCGCCUGUCUCAUCUGUGGGAAAGUUUUCACCCAGCAGAUUCAUGUCACCGACCACAUGAGGAUUCACACUGGAGAGAAGCCCUUCCCCUGUGCCACCUGUGGGAAACACUUCAGGCAGAAGAGCAGCUUGAACAAACACCUGAGAACUCAGCACCAGAAGCUGGAGGCAUGAUCGGGUUCUGAGCUGCUGGCUGGUACUGCCCCCUAAAGGCCUGGGGGCGUCAGACUGCAGAGGAGCAUCAACAACUUUCCUGCUUUUAACUCUACUUCCUGUUCUUUAGCCUCUCUGAGGAACACCGUGUGUCCCUCCAGCUGGGAGUGGAAGAUAUUAAUAUAGAUGUUAAUCUCUGUGUAAAGUUGGAGAUUCUAACAUUUACUAAAAAGACUGAAUUUUGAAAAUAAUAGUGGGAAUUCUGAGAAAAAAGUCUGAAGUUUGAGAAAGUUGGAAUUCUCCCCCAAAAAAUAUUGGUGUUCUGGAAAAAAUGUCGAUUCUGACUUUUUUAGAAAGAAGGAUGAAUUCUUAAAAAAAAAAAAAAAAAGCAAAAAUGAAUUUAAUUUUAAAAGGUGAAAAAAGCAGAAAUUUGGCAAAAAGGCAGAAAUUCUUUUUGAAAAAAAUACUGAAAUAAAAGUUUAUAUUCUUAAGUCAGAAUUCUGAGGAAAAAGAUCAAAAUGCUGAAAAACUGCAGAAUUCUUAACAGAAAAGCUAAAAAAUCUGAACUGGUUGUUUUAGUGUGAAAUGAUGAAGUGGAGCCUCUGAUGAACAGAGUCGCUUUAAAACCUGCUGCAGGUGGAUCUGCGACUGACUGCAGUCACUCUGUCCUUGGUUUUGAUAUAUUUGUAUAUUUUUCAGUGUAACAGCAGCUUGGUGACGGCGUGGACUGUAAAUGCUCGAGUUUUGUCUGGAUCACUGUCGAUGUGCCGAGUCAUGCAGUUCUUCUGUUGUGUUUUGUUUUUUCCGACUGUAAAACUGAAGAAUGUUCUGCAGUAGCAGAAAUAUUUCUGAAUACUUGGUAUUAAAGGUCUGAUCUUGGAUUCAAGCUCCAUGUUUCACAUCACAAAACAAGAAUUAUUUAUGUCACCAACUGAGUAAAGACCAGAAUCAUUCACAGCCCAGGGAGAUUUAGGUUUAAACGUAUUUUAAUUUUCAGCCAGAAAACAGAAAUUAUGAGCAGGAAUUCAAACGAAAAGCUUUUAUAUUUGUAUUUAAUAGCUAAGGGAACUGUUCAACUGAAAUAAGGGUUAUAUUUCAGAGAAUAAACAUAUUUUUUAAAAUGGAUUUUAAAUGUUAUUUAAAGCGGGUUUCUGAGUUCCACUCCGGGCCAGAAGGUGGCAGUAUUCAUGUUUAAACUGGAGAGCCGGUGUUUCCCCAUCAGCUCUGGUUCCCCCUGCGUCUCUUCGCCACUCAGCCGCUUGUCCUGAGAACGUAUGUAUGUAUCUCAAUCUGCCUGUUUAAGCUCAACAUCAGAUUCUGCUGCCAUCAGAUUCUGCUGCCCCAAUUUAACAGGGAACAAAAUCUGAUGGGUGAAUUAUGGCCACCAGACACUGUUUAUGCACAUAUUCAUAAAACAUAAAGAAUUACUUAAACAAGCCUUUCUUACAGAAAGAGAACGAAGGGAAAAAUGUAUUUUAAACGGAUUUUC